UGUGUGUUUUUCCCCCCUGACGUCCGGAGAUGAUUGCGGUGUCCGGGCAGUAGCUGUUCCUCAGCGGGGGGGAAAUGAGCUGAAGCCUGUCCGCAGCAAUCCACCGUGAGCCCCGGUGACUUUACAGGAGCGUGGGGGGUGCUGACCGUCUGAUACAGCGUGGGGUUAAGGAUCGUUUGUCCUUCCAGCUCAGGUUUGAACCAUGGCCAAUGAACCUGUGAUCCUUAACGUGUAUGACAUGUACUGGAUAAACGAAUACACCUCCAAUCUGGGCAUUGGAGUCUUCCACUCAGGCAUCGAGAUUUAUGGCAGAGAGUUCGCGUACGGCGGUCACCCCUACCCUUUCAGCGGCAUCUUUGAAAUCAACCCCGGUAACGCUGCGGAGCUGGGAGAGACCUUCAAAUUCAAGGAGGCCAUUGUUUUGGGCACCACGGACUUCACAGAGGAGGACAUAGAUAAAAUAAUGGAGGAGCUCGGUAAAGAGUUCAAAGGGAACGCCUACCACCUAAUGCACAAAAACUGCAACCACUUCUCCUCCUCGCUGUCUGAGUUGCUCUGUGGAAGAGAAAUCCCCCGCUGGGUCAACAGACUGGCUUAUUUCAGCUCCUGCAUCCCCUUUCUGCAGAGCUGCCUACCCAAAGAGUGGCUGACCCCGGCCGCUCUGCAGAGCCACAUCAGCCUUGGCCUCCACAAGGAGGAGCAGAAUGACUCGAGCGACGAGGAUCCCACGUCGCCGUCCGGCGCGGCUGCUGCCGGCUCGGGCUCCUCCCACAGCUGUCGCCACACCCGGGUGUGACCCGACCUCUGGACCCACGCCGCUGUCGCCGGCGGCUUCAGUAGGCUUUGAACAACCAACUGACCUCAUUCUGUUUGGCCUCUGAAUGAAAAGAGACUGGAAACAUGAGCUUGCUCUUUGGUGUUUGACGGACUCCUCAAAACCUGGAGACUCCUUGACGGAAAGCCUGGAAGAAAACUCUGAGACCUCGAAGGGUCGGCUCUGACUCCAACCGUACACACUCGUAGAUCCGACGUUUGUAGUAUAACAUUCUUAGUCUUUUCCACAAAAAUUCAAAAAAACCUUUGUCAGCCUUGUUCCCUGCCCUGCCUUCGAAGCUGCUUUUGUAGAAAAAAUGAAAACUUUCUAGACAGUAACAUUACCAGAAAACUGCUAAUCUCCGGAAGUUCGGCAAGUCCUCGUUUAAUAACCUCUUUGUGGCCUUCGGAUGAUAUCGCUGAAUCCAGUUUCUUAAGGUGUAUCUAUUCUGCGGCCAUUUCAGAGGAUGAGUUUCGGGUGGGAGGUUGGGGUUGAUAUUUCCUUAAAGAGAGAAAAUGUUGCAUGUUGAGACAAUGUCAUAAAUUAGACAACUAACCGGAGAUGCGAUGGGGCGACGCAGUACUUGACCUCUUACAGAUUUCUUUUGUUUUAAAUUUUUAUAUCAGAGAAAGAUAACCCAAGUAGAUAAAAAAGUAAUUUUAUAGAUAAUUCCCUUUCUGAAAUGACAAAAGUUAUCCAAACCAACCUGACAGUAGAAGAAAAUAGAAAUGUCCUCUUUAGUUUCACUAGUUACAUUGUCAGUAUUGCCAGACAUGCAUAAAAUCCCUUCAACAGAACCUGUCUGACAUUUUAAAGUAGGCUAAAAGAUCACAGAAACCAACUGAGUAUUCCCAAAUUUAAAGAAAUUCAAGAAAUUUGCACUUCAGAAAACUAGGAACGAUAGAAAAUCUUCCCAAAAUCGUCCAUCUGACCCAAAAUUACUCCAAGAAUGCAUCAACUCAUGCAAGAAGUAAAAAAAUAAAAUAACUCCAAAACUUCAAUUUUGGCAUUGCAAACCUUUUUAUGAAAUCACGUGAAUUAACAACAAGAAAGACCUCUGUGCAAAGAUGGAAAAGAAAAAAAACCCAAGCCCCCUGUUAACGAUUGACGAGACAAAAUUAGGACUUGGCCAAGAGUUUGUGGCCUCAAGCAAGCAGUCCUGGGUUUUUCAGCUGGACUGAACUGUUGGAUCCAAACUGUCCAACUGCAGAUCAUCCAAAUUUGGGUUUGAGACUUUACAGUUUAGUGAGGUUAAGAGCUAGAAACAUCACGUUCAUGUUCUCUUUAGGACAAACAUAGAUUGCUUGCGUAUCCAAGGAAACACCAGCAAGUCCUCUAUCCGAAUGGCUAAAAUCAUAAAAAGUAAAGAUUUUUAAGUUGGGUAGGCAACUUAAAAAUCUUUACUUUUAAAGUAAAGAUUAAAAAGUAAUCUUUUUAAUCUUGGGUAGGCAAGUUAUAGGUACUUUGGGAUACCUAGAAAAUCUUCUAGUGGUGCUGACUGACUUGAAACAAUCCUGCAAAGAAUACAGGGUCAAAGCUAAUCUGCAAAGACGUAAAGGUCUCUUAGCGGUAGCUACAAAUGCUUGCCACCAAAGGUGUGGAGGGCAAUUGCAUUUUCUCAAAAGACCCGAUUGGUCUAAAAAGCCUUUUUGAACGUUAGCAUUGGAUGGGUAAUGAAAAUUGCAAAGAAAACAGAAGAAAUCUGUGAGCUGGCAAAUACUUUUUACCCGUCGAGUCGUCAUGUAAACCUUCUCGUGAUCUUUUUUUAGAAGAAAAUCUCUUUACUGGGAUUUACAGUGUGAAUAAGCCAUUAGCCGAGCAACCAGUUUCUUAACGGUUGCUAACAAUCAAGAGUGAAUACUUUUAGUUGAAACAGCUGCUGUUCGGUGAGCCUCAGGCAGCUCGGUCACUGUCUCUGACCGUCUCAGAGAAAAGUUUCUAGUGCUGUUCUCUCAGUUACCAACUCUGUGACCUAGCACAUUUUUUCUGUCUACUCUUUUAUAUCCAAGUGAUCUUUGUACUGUUAACAUUAUUUCCAGCCAGACUCAUCAUUAGAACCACAGAGACAGAGGUGCCGCGAUAAACAGGAGCAGAAAUCUGUCUUUUCCCUUCCAUCAGGAGUCCAACAUGUUGUGUGUGCAGUUACUGAGUUCGGCUUAGCAUUAAGAUUGGCCCCUUCGCAGGUCACAGUUCAGCCCCCCGCUGUAUCGACUUCUUAAACUGUUUAUUGUGCCGGCAACAAAACACGAAAACAACAAAUCCAGAUUGGUUUUGAGAGAUUACAUGCUGAACUGUUUCUCGCUUUAACACCAGCUGCACGGGAAGAGACGUUCCUGGAAUGUCUCUGGGUAUAAACGCAUGAUAAUCGUCUA